UAAGUGGAGGUGGUCGUAACUCGGGGAGUGGCUGUAUUUUUGUACUAUAAACCAACUCAGUGCUGCCUUUAAAUUGAAGGGUGUCUUUACCCCCCUUCGGUUAGCAAGCUGUGACGUGCUUUUGUGUCCUUAGAGGAACACACAAAGCUUACCAAUUUUUUGAGCUGCCCAGGUGAGGACUGGACAUUGCAGAACACAUGGUUUGGGGAACAUUUGGGACGGGGAGUGUGUUGGGGUCACCUGGCUUGUUGUAACCCAGGCUGGUGAAAGCCAGAGCAGGCUUGUGGGGGUGUAUGCAGGCAGCUGGGGUCAGAGGUGCUGGACCAGGGCUGUGGCUGUCCCAAACUCCCUGGGUGUGACCUGCAAGAGCCCAUGCUGGGAGAUACAGCAGCCAAGCAUUGUGAGGCCUCCAGGGGUGCAUGGCAGGAGAUGACACAGCCUCUCACAGGUCUGGCUUGCUUCCCUGAACUGUCCCAGCCAGGGUCUGGCUUUUCUGCUAUCUCGUUCUAUCAGUUGGAUUUGAUCCACCUGGCAGUUGUCUUUGCUUAGGAAGGGCUCCAGCAAAGGGCGGACUGGUGGUCUGGUGCCCGAGGGUCCCAUGCCUAAGUGCCUGGCACUUGCUGGUGCAGAUCCACUGACUUGGUCUUUCUGAGGGACUGAACUUCACCCGAUUCUCCUUGUUUUUAAAUAAACCGGGGUGACACAUAGCGUGUGAGCAGGGGAAGCGGCCGCUGAGCGAGCGACUUUCUAGCUCUGCUUCCUGAGCUGUCCCUCAGCUAAAAGGACCUAGCGCGCGGGCGGGCGUGCAGGCGAAGUACUUGCUCAGCGCUGACACAUCCCUCUCUCUCUCUUUCACAGAGCUGUCUCAACAAACAGCAACUCCUGGCCGCCAUCCGCCAAAUGCAGCAGUUCUUAAAGGGGCAGGAAACGCGGUUUGCAGAGGGAGUGCGUGUCAUGAAGAACCGGCUGAUAACGCUACAGAACUCGGUCACGAAAGCCGCCCCGGACCCACAACCUGCGUCCUGCCCUGCCCUGGAUGCUCCCGUGGAUGGCAGAAGAUUUGGUACCAAGUACUUUGUGGACCAUGAAGUCCAUUUCACCUGCGAACCUGGUUUCCAGCUCGUUGGUUCCAGCACCCGAGUGUGUCAGGCGAACGGCAGCUGGACUGGAGAAGCACCACAGUGCAAAGUGAUCAGCAAAUGCUCAAGUAACCCCUGCCAGAACGGUGGCACUUGUGUGGACGGAGUAAACCAGUACCGAUGCUCUUGUUCUCAAGGCUGGGCCGGCGAGAGCUGCCAAUACCAACUGCAAACAGCCCCCCCUUCAUGGAGCGUUACAAACGACCCAGCUUUCAGUCGCAGGCCACGCUGCGCCAAAAUCGGCAGGACCCAGCACUGCAGCUGCGAAGCCGGCUUCCACAUGAGCGGCACGGCCGACAACAGCAUAUGUCAGGAUAUAAACGAGUGCGAGGUUUUCAAGCUGGAGGGAGCCGCUCGUCUGUGCAUGCACAACUGUGUCAACAUUCCCGGCUCCUACCGCUGCUCCUGCCCCAGCGGGUACAAGCUCCUCAGUGACGGGAAAAGCUGCGAAGAUAUAGACGAGUGCGGCUUGACCCAGCACAACUGCACCCGGGGGGUGAUUUGCAUUAACACUGGAGGAGGCUUCCAGUGCGUGAGCCCCGAGUGCCCACGGGCCAGCGGCAACACCAGCUACGUGAAAACAUCCCCGUUCCAAUGCGAACGCAACCCCUGCCCGAUGGACAGCAGAUCCUGCCAUCACACCCCAAAGUCCAUCUCCUUCCAUUACCUUCCCCUCCCUUCCAAUCUCGUCACCCCCACCCCUCUCUUCCGCAUGGCAACCGCCUCCGCCCCAGGACGGCCAGGGCCCGACAGCCUGCGCUUCGGAAUUAUUGGGGGCAACAGCCGAGGGCACUUUGUGAUGCAGCGCUCGGACCGGCAGACGGGAGAACUGAUUCUUGUGCAAAGCCUGAAGGGACCCCAGACCAUCGAAGUGGAGGUGGACAUGUCAGAGUACCUGGAUCGCACCUUCCAGGCAAAGCACGUUUCCAAGAUCACAGUCUUCGUGUCUCCUUAUGAGUUUUAAGGAAACGUGGUUUCUGCCAGUCACCAAAUGCCCAGCCGCAAGGACUGUCCAUGCUCAGCCAUCGCUUUCUUUCAGUACUGACUCAAACGAAAUUCCUUUUUUCGAAAUGGCAAAAAGCUGCGGCGCUGCAGCAGCACUAAAAGCCAUGACCUUCAAGGCCCAGGACUGAGAGAUGAGACAAACCAUGUCGCUCUGAGAGUGCCAGGCUGGGGCUUGCAAUAUUCUCAUUUGUUCUCGGGAAGUUUUGCCUUGGGACACUUUUGAAUUCGCUUCUCACCAUCUUCGGUAGCACAAGCCUCCAGGAACACGUGUCGUAGUAACAGAGAUGUCACAAUGAAAGCCAGAUUAUAGCUUAUGUAAACCUCCACAGAGUAAAUAUCCUUCCAUCUGAGUGAAGCUUGAUCCGUCUGCUCGCCUCUUAGCCACUGUUACACUUACAUACAUGGAAAGCAGCCAAUCAAAUGUGAAUGAAAUCACAUGCUCUCCAGCAGUUGCACCUGGCCAGAAAUCCAGCCCACCCCGCAGUCAGAUUAGCAAUGGGCCACACACCUGGUAGUUAUCAGACACCAUAACAAGCAGCCUCUCCACUGAUUUAAAAAUGGGCAAGUGUGAAAUCUUUGAAUUGCAAAUGGAUGUUGCUUGUGAUUCUUUUCUCCACGUCUAAUCCCCUUAAAAACAACUCAAAGCAUUCACCCUAGUAAAGGGCUGACGUCUGUAGGUGUCAAUUAACUAAGGCCAUGAACAUUGGUUAGGAAACUCGGUGGAAUGAUUGCUGAAUAGGUGUGUGCACAAGCACAGAGGGCUGAUAGCACAACCUAGGCUUGGUCCCCAGCGCUGUAAGAUUCUCUGCAUGGCAACCCAGUGUUGCUGGUAUUCCCAUCGGGCCAGGCCUUCUUGCUGCUUCUGAACGUGGUCUACCCAAGGGCGUGAUUGUGUUCCCAUUCGAAUCGGGGGGAAGCGUCCCUUAAUGUAGUGGGGCAGGACCAAAAUGCAUGGGCGUUCCGUGGCGCAGGUGGCUCUGCAGCGGUUAGACUCAAAUCGCCAGUGGCUUUCAUCCAAGUCUUAUGUUUCACAUAGUGUGAAAUGGCCCCAAAGUAACCUGUCCCAUUAGCACAACCUGCUGCAAUUACAGAUUACAGUCAGUACCUGGUACCUUGACUCCCUCUCCGAAAGGGAGAAGGGAUUUGUGGCUUUAUUAACAGAAAACACCCAGCUCAGAUAGCAUGGAGAUACCAUUUGUCCUAAAAAAAAAAAAAGGAAAAAAUAGGGGGCUGGAGCACAUGACCUACGAGGGAGGCUGAGGGAUUUGGG